UUUUUUUUUUUUCAGAUUUGAUUGUGGUUCAGGCAUCGGAGUGGUUCGGUCUGACGAAACGGUACUUUUGAACCAAUGGAACCACGUAACAUUGUACAGACAUCGAUGGGACGCAUGGCUACAAUUAAACAACGGCAAACACGUACAAGGUAGAAGCAAAGGCCUGUUUUCGAGGAUAACAUUCAGAGAGCCCCUAUUCACUGGAGGUCCCGGCAAUACGACCGGCCUAGACGAAAAGCUGCCAGUUACCAAAGGCCUGAAAGGUUGCAUACGGCACUUGGAGGUCAACGAUCACGUUUACAAAUUCGCCCUGGAUCCUAGCGGUGAAGCGAUCAAGGGCUACGGGAUAGAGGAAUGCACAGCUGACAGAUGCAGUCGAGUGCCGUGCCAGCACGGCGGGAAAUGUCUCACCAGCGAAACUUCAGCAGUUUGUUUAUGUCCGUUGGGGUUUUCGGGAGACCUUUGCGAAAUAAGGGUGGAUUUACAGGUGCCUUCUUUCAACGGCUCAAGCCAUCUACGUUACCGAGGACUGGGAGAAUCGGCUCUAACUUGGCUCGAUCUAGAAAUGACUUUCAAGCCCAUCAUGUCUGAUGGAUUGCUAAUUUACAACGGCCAUCGAAUUGACGGCACUGGCGAUUUUAUGGGACUCUACUUGAAUGACGGAUUUGUCGAGUUUAUUUACGAUUUGGGAACUGGAGCGGCGAUAAUACGUAGCCAGGAAAGAGUUAUAUUGAGCGAAUGGCAUGAAGUGCGCCUUUCCCGGACGGGCCGUUUGGCCAUUUUGACCGUCGAUAAUCAGUUGCCGGUUGAAGUGCUGGCCCCUGGGGCAUUCACUCAAUUAUCGUUACCGCAGAAUAUGUAUCUGGGGGGUGUGCCCAAUUUCGGAGUCGUUUCGCCUCAGGUCCGGGUGCGAUCUGCCUUUGUUGGAUGCAUCCAGAAGGUUCAAAUUAAUGGCCGAGCAGUGGCGAUUCUAGCAGAGGCCCUCGGAGGGGCUAACGUAGACAAUUGUCCGCACCCUUGCGUGGCCAGGCCUUGUGGUGAAGAUGGGGAAUGUGUACCGGAGAUGGAUUAUUUCACAUGCAAAUGUAAACCUGGCUAUAGAGAUCACCUAUGCUCGAGAGGACCUCCAUCCUUCCACGGUAUAGACAGCUAUUUCCAUUUAAGCGACCCAACAACCAUGGAAGCCAUUUCCACCGACCCUCUAGACAUCAAUGUUCGUUUCAAAACCAGCUCGGAAACUGGCCUAUUACUAUGGGCUUUUACCGGUAGCAGUUUUGUAUCUUUAGGCCUAAAGAAAGGAGCAUUAGAGCUCCGAUUCACGUCGAAUUACAAAGAAGACGAAAUGCUGGUGGUGCACAAUUCGAGUACCGUGCACGACGGAUUGUGGCAUAGAGUGAAAGCAGUGAGGGACGGAUCUACAGGCCUACUAAUAGUCGACAACGGUCCGGCAAUUACCAGACAGUCAGUACAGAUCCGGCCUCCCGAUAAACCGUUCGCCCCGUCAGAAGCCGAAGGUCUUUUUAUAGGAGGCAUGCCUCAUCGUCUGAUCGGUCCUGUAACCGGCUACAGGGCCGGCAUAAGAGGCUGCAUCGCCGAUUUAGUUAUAAAUGCCGAUUACCACUUAGGAGUUAUCAAUAGGUCCGCUAUGAGACACAACAUAGGAGAAUGUGAAGUGUGAGUGAACUUGGAAAAGGUGUCAGUAGGUUAUUUCGUGAUUGAGAUUUUGUAAAUAUAUUUUAUAAUGGUAAUGGUGAAAUAUGUAAGGAAUUACCAGAGAAUUUUUUUAAAUGUCAACUGUACAAAGCAGUAGGUAUACGAUUUGCGAUUUGAGAGAAAAAUUAAAUCAAAUUCUAUUAAAUUUAAUAGCAAAGAUUUAGACAAUUGACUGAAUUAAAUAUACUUAUAGGUAUGUAAUUCCUGCUGAUAUGUAUAGUUGGCUUAAUAUUUAUACGAAAUAACUCUGACACAUUGUCCAUUCAACUCAAAAAAAACAAAAGACUUGCAUUAAAGUUAAGUGCUGGAACGUUAAAAGAUAUACACAACUUAAUUUGCAUAAGGAAUUUUCGUACAAAAAAUAUUUAAAGUGAAUUUUUUUUGGUAUUUAUAUACUACAAUAGAAAAUGUAAAGUAAAUAUGUGCUUUCUAGAUGGUUGUCGUCUUCUUUCACAUUUCACACGCAAAUCUGCCUUUUUAAAAAAAAAGUUAUAAUCAUCAUGUUCCUUUUAACUGAACAGCAACAAUCAAUCUAAAAAAUUUGUUGAUAUUAAAUUGUACAUGUUUAUUCUUAAUGAAAAAUUGUUAUUAUUCUAUAAUAUGGCAAUAGGGUAAUGUCAAUAUUUUAACUUCUUUGGUGAAUCUAGGUUUGUAUAUUAUAUGGAAUUUUAUAUGAAAUAAAAAUGCUUUACGGCUAUCAAAAUAGUAAAUAAAAUAUUACAUGAGAGUCAAUAAAUAGAGCUAUUAUCGAUUAUCGAAAUCUAACGAAAUUUAUUAUUACAUUAUUUGAUUGGAAGUGAAUACGAGGUUUUGCAAGAUAGGGCAGGGCGUAUUAUAAGAUUUUUCUACAGUUUUAUUUAUUUAUCAGGCUAUAUUUACGUCAUCAAUUUCAGUCGGGGAAAUGACACAUUAUAUUACUAGUCCGGUAAUUCAACAUCCAACGUAACAAAAGUUGUUUUACCACCUGUGGUUUUUUCGAUAUGUUCUGUACCUAUACAGGUCUGGCAAGUGAGCAUCUUACAGGCCAAUUUUAAUACAAUAGAAUGAAAUGUAUAAUAGGACAAGUCUAAAGUUACAUAAGGAACGAAAACGAUUUCCCCUGUUCCACCUCCAGCAUGCAGCGCUGAGAACGCUGGAGGUGGAACAGGGGAAAUCGUUUUCAUGCUUUAUUCAACCUUAGACUUGUCCUAUACAUUUCAUUCAAUUGCAUUAAAAUUCGCAUGUAAAAUGUUCACUUGCCAGACCGGUAUAGUUGUUUGCUCAUUCUGAAUGUCAUUUUAUAAUUGUAUUGUAGCGAUACUUUCGUUUUCCGGACGAUUAAGGGACUUUCGGAAAACUCGGGCGCCACCCUUAAGAUUAUAGUGGUUAAGGGCCCACGUGCACUAGGUAGCUUUUAAACAGUGGGGCAUGGCAGUUUCUACGACUACCUACCAAUACAUGUAUUUCUUCAAUCUGCUGACUUACAGAACUCUAGAGAAAUAUUCUAAGCUUCGCGACUUGAGGAACCUCGUAUAGCUUUGAUGAAUAAUUAUUAUUGUAUAUACAAUAUGUGUGUCAUACUCUCAAACCGACUUUAGACAUAAGAACUGAAAAAAGCCCACAAACGAUUAAUUGGAACUGAAGAAAUAAUGGUUUGUUCACGUUCUUGUACGUUCAUAUUUCUUUCGUUAGGUGUAUGAGCACUCAUAUUGUACUCACAAUCCUCAACUGGCAUCUAGACAAAAAAUAAAUCAAACGAUUUAAAAGAUUAGACUUAUUUUAUUUGAAUAGAUAAAUUAUUGUACCAUCAUCAGGAGAUGUUUGUAUUAAUAAAUGUGUGAUCUUAAGAUUUUAAACAUAAGGCUGACUUAACACUAAAAAACUAUUUUCUAAUCUAAAUCUAUGGUGUUUCAUUCUAAAUAAUAUCGUUUUCUUAUGUCACACUUAUCGCUUAUAUACUGCCAACUAAAAAAAAAAGAACUUGCACAAAAUAUUAGAGCCUACAUAUUACAUAAUGCGUAUAAAUGUUAAAAGUCGAACACCAUAUCUUUAGUAAUAAAUAUUUCUUGUUGGUUAUGCUUCAAAAGGAAAAUUAUUUAGCGAUGUGUUUUGUGUAUAAAUGCACCAAAUUUAUUUUAUGUGCAAUAAAUGAAGAUUAUGGUUUUAUACUAAUUUAGAUCUUGUAUAGAUAGUUAUUCACCAACACUAAAAUAGGCUUUUUUCACUUUAUUUUAUAUUUAAAUUUAAUUUUGUACUAAAUAUAUUUUAAGAUCCCCAUCAAUGGAAAUAUUAACAGUGAUCAAGAGUUAUAAAAUAUAUCUUCAUAUAAGCAAUAUUUAAACGUAUCAUGAUAUAUAAAAUAUAUGUCAAUGAAAAUUAAUAUAGAAGCAAUUUGUAACGGCAUAUCGUAUUUAUUUUUUAGUGAAACAGGGGAUUUAAAUACUAUAGCAAGCAUGGACGCACAGUAAAUUAAAAUGACAAUCAAAUACAAAAUAAUUAUAAAGGAUGUAAUGUAUGGAGGAGGUAAUGAUUAAUUAUUAUUGUAACGAAAGAAUAAAACUAAUAUAACCAAAAACUAAAAGAAUAGGAGACGCCAUAGGACAUAGAAAAGGAACUGAUUAAAAUCUUGGAACAGUACCCACAAGGAUUUAAAAAUAUUAAAUUCACUCUUGCAGUACCCAUACAAUAGACCAAUAAGGGACAUGAUAUAAAAUAUGUGGAGAGCAGAAGCAAUACCAAGCUUCUUUAACCUGUUUUACAGAAGUUUUUUCAACCUGUUCCACAUGAGCUUCUUUGACCUGUUCUACGGAAGCUUAUUUAACCUGCUUUAUAGAAAAUUCUUAAACCUGUUUCAAGAGAGCUUCUUUAAGCUGUUCUCAACCUGUUUUACAGGAGCUUCUGCAACCUUUUCCACAAUACUCUCUGUAAUCUGUUUUGCAAUCGCUCUAACAUGUUCUACCAGGAGCUUCUUCAACCUGUUCCACAGAAACUUUUUUAAUGUUUUCUACAAGACCUCUAGUCAUAGGACUCUUAUUUUACAGGAGUUUCUUGCACUUGUUCAACCUGCUUUACUGGAGCUUCUUGAACCUGCAACAAGGGAGAUUCGUACUUUGAAAGUGUCACAAUAAGGGUGAUUCAAAAGUAAGCGGCAUUUUUUCGGGGGCGUAUUCUUUGCAUAAAAAUAAGACAAAAAGUUCCUAUUAACAUGGGUCCGGAAAUUCUUCCUAAGGGAGCUACGGCCCUUCGAAUAGGACACCUGAAAGACGUAUUUUUCUCUAUAACUUUGAAACCCUUCACAAAUGGAUUUUGAAAAUUGGUGUAUUUUAUAAACAUUUGAUGGCAAUUAAUGAUACUAAAUUGAAAUUUCAAAAACCUUAAUCAGUGGCGUCACAUUCUGGGGAGGGUGAGGGUUAAAAUAUCUCUAUUUUUUUUACUUGUUAGGUUUUUGCGAUUCUGAUUGAAAAUUCAGAAAGUUUACAGUUUUUUACACAGAAAAGCUACUCUUGGUUCAAUUCGAUACAGCGUACCGUUUACGAGAAAAUUGACUUUUUUGAAUUUUCUGAUUUGUGUAUGUUUCAAACCUGACGAGUAAAAAAAAAUAGGGAUGUUUUCACCCUCCCCAGUAUGUGACACUGAUUAAGAUUUUUGAAUUUUCAAUCUAGUAUCUUAAUUGCCAUCAAAAGUUCAUAGAAUACACUAAUUUUCAAAAUCCAUUUGUGAAGGGUUUCAAAGUUAUAGAGAAAAUACGUCUUUCAGGUGUUCGAAGGGACGUAGCUCCUAGGAAGCAUUCCCAGGCCCAUGUUAAAAUAGGAACUUUUUGUCUUAUUUUUAUAUAAGGAAUACGCCCCCGGAAGGAUGCCGCUUAUUUUUGAAUCACCCUGUAUAUCUGUUUUUCUUCAACAACUUCGGUAUCAAAAUCAAUUUUUCUCUUUGUAAGAGCAUUUACACUAUUUGUAACUUCAACGACGUCAACUUGCGUAGAAUCAGAAGCAACUACUUCAGAAAGUUCAUGUGCAGAUGCAUGUUUGUACUUUUAUAUAACCUCUCUUAUUUUUUUUUGUGUGUCAUUAGAGUAGAGGUAACUUCUGACUCUUCCUUACAAAUUUCCUUUUCCUUUGCAAGCUCAGGCACCAACCACCUCAGCAGCUAUUGACUCAAUGUAAGAAAUUUUCAUAUAUUCUGCAGAUUUGAGGUUCUCAAUGUCUUCUUUAACAAAUUCUUGAAUAGAAUCUGCUGCCCUAAGACUUAUCUUGAGAGAUCAGUUAUGCUAGCCGAAUAGCUUUCAUUUCUCUUAAUAAUUUUUCACUUUAGCUGCUUUGUACCUACAUAAUAAGAUUUUUGAAUUGUUCCAUUUCGAAGUCAUGCCACGUCAAAUGGCAAGUUCACAAUUUGAGGCAGAAUUAACAUUUCCUUUUGGAGCUAGAACAAUAUUUUUAUGCAGAGGUUUCCUUCAGAAUCUACAACCUGGUCUACUUCUUCUGAAAUGCUGAUUGAAGUCCUUUCUUCAGUAUACUGGGGUAUGUCUUCAGAAUAUUGGGAAGGUUUUGGGAGGCUACCGAUAUCAAAAUGUGAUGAUUUUUCACUUAGACAUACUACUUUUUCCAGGUCUUGUUUUACUGUUUUCCUUCUCAUGUGAAGUCAGAGAUAAGUUUAAUUCAAUAUCUUCAAUGGACACUAUCUCUAUCGCCAGGUAUGAAAUACCUACUAAGCUCAUUUUCCACUGUGCGUCUAUUUUGCAGUAUUAAAUAAAAAUCUAUGAAAAAAUAAUCAAAAUACGAAUCCAAUUAAAUCAUUCAUAUCCUGAAUAAAAUACGUACCUUAACUGCAAACAAACUGUUAACAUUUUCCAUUCCCAGCUUUAAGAUAGAUCCAGAAUUUAUAUUUAAAACAAAAACAAAAUCAAAUUCCGAGUUUAUAUAACAACAAAUAUGAAUUCCUGGACUAAUUUUUUUUUUGAUAUAUUCAUUAUUAUCUAAUUAAAAAGUAGAGGGUUCUAAAUGGUCCAUAUUGUAAAAUUCACACUGUUAAUAUAGAGAUGUAUAUGAAAUCCUAAUUUGUACAGGUAGAAUAACUUGUGUGUUAAUAAAUCGCUUUU